AUGGAAUGUGGGGAGAUAUGGGUGAAACAGAAAAAUGAUCUUGAUGAGAGUAGCGGCGAGCACUUGAUUGUUGUUAAUGGCAGGAAUAACAGGCGACAUCGACGAAGGCAGCUGCUCAAGCAAUAUUGGGAGGAGUGCGGGUUUGUUCGGUGGCUCAAACGCAAAUUUGCAACCAAUGACCGAGCGAAACGUGCUGAUUAUUUAUCUAGACUAAUAUUUCCAGCAAUGUUUUUGAUUUUCAAUUGCGCGUAUUGGUUACGAUAUUCACAGUAUCAAGUAUCGAAGCCGACAUGA